CCGCGGCCGGGCUGGUACGGCGGGCGCCCCGCGCGACCUGGGGGCGGCCCUGGAGCUGGCCGGUCCCCGCGCUGUGGGGCUCAGCGGGGCGGCCGGGCGGGGCAUCCUCCGGUCCCCGGCACACGCCCUGCCGCCCACCGAGCGCGGAGGCCCGUUCGCGCUCGGGAUGAAACUCAGCCGCCCGCGUCCCGCCCCCGGGAAGUUCCUGCUGCAGGUCCAGCACCACUUCCUCCGAGCCCCCUCGACCCGCGCGCAGGCGGCCCCGCGCCUGUCCCCUGCGCCCCAGGCCACGACGCCCGCCCCGCGCCGCGGCUUAUGCGCCCUCCGAUGGGGCCCGGAGGCAGCGAGGGCUCCGGAAAGGGCUGCGUCCUGCCCCACUUCCUGGGGGAAGGGCAGACCCGCGCCGCGGGUGCAGUCCCGGCCCCAGGGCAAGUCGGCCCACUCGCGUGACUCCGCCGCCUUGCAGGUCCCGGGGCCCAUGGCUGCCGCCCAGGCGGACACGUCGCGCAAGCGGCGGGAGAAGCGGCGGCAGCUGGACGCGAGGCGCAGCAAGUGCCGCAUCCGCCUGGGCGGCCACAUGGAGCAGUGGUGCCUCCUCAAGGAGCGGCUCGGCUUCUCCCUGCACUCGCAGCUCGCCAAGUUCUUGUUGGACCGGUACACUUCUUCAGGCUGUGUGCUCUGUGCAGGUCCCGAACCUUCACCCCCCAAAGGUCUGCAGUAUCUGGUGCUUCUGUCUCAUACACACAGCCGAGAAUGCAGCCUGGUGCCUGGGCUCCGGGGGCCUGGAGGCCGAGAUGGGGGGCUUGUGUGGGAGUGCUCAGCAGGCCACACCUUCUCCUGGGGCCCCUCUUCAGGUCCUGCACCUCUGGAGGAGCCCAAGCCAGCCCCGCUUCCAGCUACUGCCCAGAGAAGCUGGUGCCCAGAAGCCAGGAACAGGCAGGAGCCUGCAGACCUUAGAGCUCAUCUGUCCUCAUCCCUCCAGCCCGGAGUUUCUUCCCCUUUGACCCUGCCUGUGCCAACAGGUGUGGAAUCUGAGCAUGAUGAGCAGACUCAGCAGGCCCGGUUGCCCAGGGGGGUGGGACCCCCACCGGAGACCUUCCUGGCCCCAGGAGAAGGAGAGGAGGAAGAUGAAGACGAAGAGGAGAUGCUCAGUGAUGCCAGCCCCUGGACUUACAGCUCCUCCCCAGAUGACAGUGAGCUGGAUGUCCCCAGACCACCCCUGUCCUCUGUCCCUUAUUCUCUUAAGGAGGGGGAGAGCCCCCUGGUCCCCACAACUGCCCCUACUGCUCUUGCUGCACUGCCCUCAGCAGCAGCCACACUGGGUUCUGGAGCUUCUCUGCCUGCAGAAGUUGGGGUAAAGCUGGAGCUCAGCGGGACCUCUCAAACGGCCCUGCAGAUUGAGCCCCUGCCCAGCCCUGGGAGUCAGGCCCAGUCUGCUCUGGCCUCGGCCUGGGAUGAGGACACCGCACAGAUCGGCCCCAAGAGAAUUAGGAAGGCUGCCAAAAGAGAGCUGCUGCCGUGUGACUUCCCUGGCUGCGGAAGGAUCUUCUCCAACAGGCAGUAUUUGAAUCACCACAAGAAGUACCAGCAUAUUCACCAGAAGUCCUUCUCCUGCCCGGAGCCAGCCUGCGGGAAGUCCUUCAACUUUAAGAAACACCUGAAGGAGCACAUGAAGCUCCACAGUGAGCUGCAGAAGGCAGUACAGCAGGAAGGUGGCAGGUCACUGGGCCAGCAGCUCGAGAUUGUUGUAGCAGAACAAGACACCCGAGAUUACAUCUGUGAGUUCUGUGCCCGGUCCUUCCGAACUAGCAGCAACCUGGUCAUCCACCGGCGCAUCCAUACUGGAGAGAAGCCCCUGCAGUGUGAAAUCUGUGGGUUCACCUGCCGCCAGAAGGCCUCUCUGAACUGGCACCGGCGCAAGCACGCGGAGACAGCAGCUACCCUGCGCUUCCCCUGUGAGUUCUGUGGCAAGCGCUUUGAGAAGCCGGACAGCGUGGCAGCUCACUGCAGCAAGAGCCACCCAUCCCUGCUCCCGGCCCAGGAGUCACCCGGUGCCCUGGAACCCUGUGCUGGCAUCUCUGACCCGGUGCCCCAGCCCUCUCUGGUUGUGAGGCUCCAGCACUGCUCCUUCAGUAGUGAGCAUUCCCAGGGCUUGGGGGAGCCAGACUCUAAGAACUGAAAAGGAACAAGCAGGAAAAGGGCCAGAGGCCUGGUCCUCAGGAACCAGGGUGACUCAGGGAGCACAGGGUGGGCAAGACUGGGCUCUAAGGGAGCAACUUUAGGCGCCAAAAGGACAGAAUAAACCCAUCAUUUUACAUGGA